AUGAAGGCCGAGUCAACAUCGACACCACCGAGCCAGGUCUCGGGCAGUACGGCCAAGGCCAAGAAGCCGGCCACUUCCAAGACCAAGUCAUGGGGAUCACUUGGCCGGCCCAAGAAGACGCUGUCGUCGCUCCUCGCCAUGCAGAGCGUUGAGGAGAGCAAGCCACGUCUGUCCAACAUAUCGUGGCUCGCCGACGUGCUCGUGUACAGCUCCUCCAUCAUUCCAGUGGUCAUGGGCCCUGUCGUCUUCAUCACUGCCUUCUCAGCCGCGGUUGCAGCUGCGUCGGUGGUGUUUGGCAAGCACGUUGAGCUCACGAACAACGUGGUCCCGCUGCUCUCUGUCGUCGUCGGUCUGCUCCUCGUGUUCCGCAACUCGACCGCAUAUGAGCGCUAUGCCGAGGGUCGCAAGGACUUUACCUCCCUCAUUGCUAGUGCUCGAAACCUGUCUAGGGCCAUUUGGAUCAAUGUGGUGCCCCCUCCCAACGGCGAGAUCAGCCGUGAAGACCUCACGCAACGCAAGAAGGACUUGAUCCGGCUCGUCGUAGGCUUUGUGUUCGCUACCAAGCACUACUUGAGGUCUGAAGGCGGCGUGCACCAUGCGGAUCUCCAGGGGCUGCUUCCUCACUCCCUUGUCGAGUUCGUCCGACAGGGCACCCACGACGACAGCGACAAGGACAGUGGAGACGAGAGCGAGUCGGCGUUCAGUGGGUCGCAAUGCAGUUCGCCGAGGACAUACUCGGGCUCGGCACUGUCGACGGGCGAGGAGGAGCUCAAUGUCGGUUUGGCACCGCCACCUGCCCCGCCCAACUCCAAGUCCAACUCGUUCUCCUUCCCCAUCACGCCCAACCGCUCGCCCAGCAAGGAUGUGCCUGUUGCCUGGAUACAUGCGGAGCGCAAAGCCGUCCGCCGUCCCACUGCCGUGCGCGUUCGUCGCCCCACAAUCAACGAGAUUGAGAAGAAGGCCAGUGCACGUUCCACCUCUGCCAUGUCGCGCCUGUCCACCACGAGCACGGUCAACGAGCGGACCCCACUGAUCAAGUCUGGUGUCCGCCAGGACAUUCGUCGUACCGCCGAGGAUGUCGAUGCGGCUGCUGCCGCUGCCUCGAGCGCUGACAGCGUGCUUGGACGCAUGGUCGAGGUCGGUCUGCCUCUAGUCAUUGCCCACGAGAUCAGCCGCGGCCUCUUCCGUUUCCGUCGCCAAGGCAACCUUGAGGACGUCGGCCCAGCAGGUUUCAACGCCAUGCAGGGGAUCGUGCAGGCGAUGAUUGACCAGCUUGGGUCGAUGGAGAGGAUUAUCCAGACCCCGCUCCCUUAUGUCUUCUGUGUCCACCUCAAGCAAUGCGUCACGCUCUACCUCCUGUGCCUCCCGUUCGUCCUCGUCGAGGCCAUGGGCUGGAAGAUGAUCUGGAUUGUCAUGUGCACCGCGUUCACGCUCUGUGGCGUGGAGGGCAUUGCAGCUCAGAUUGAGCAGCCGUUCGGCGACGACCCGUCCGACCUCAACCUCGACCUGUUCUGCACCGAACUGCUGUGCGAGUGCGAGGCGAUUGUGGAGCGGCUCCCGGAGGGGGACGCGGAUGAGGACCUGGUGUUUGUUCGCUCCCCCAUGCAGGUUCGGAAGGACGAGCUCGACGGCGAGUAG